UAAAUGGAUGUGAUUUUUUCUCAGGAACCAACCAACCAUUGUAUUAAUCUGUUGAAUACCCGUUGACCGAGAACAUGCAUCUCUUCUUGUCUCUGCUUCUUUUAUCUGAAAUGACUCUUCUUUUUGCGCUUGUCUUCAGUUCUUCUAAGCUAAGGGAACUGAUAACGAAGAUGUUAGACAAAAUAGUAGAAGGGAAAGGUGGUGCGAUUUCAUUGCCUGUUGUGGCAACUUUGACUGUUGUUUUCAUCUCCAUGGUAUACGAUGCGAAAGGGAUAUGGACAGAAGAUGUUGUUCUUAAUGCUGCCGAUGAGGUUUUAAUGGUGAAUCUAGUUCUAAAAGCAACUCUAAUGGGGUUUGCUUUAUACCUUGCACUGCUUACAUAUGGAUUCCACAAAUAUAUCAAAGGAUCAAGACCAUGGGAGGCUGCUAAAGAGAAGAAUUAAAUCUAUAUAAAGCUUCGUACACCCAAAUAUUGCAAUAACCGAAAUGUUAGGACAUGAAGGUAGGAAGAUUCCUCUUCAUGGCCAAAUCAUUUAUACCUUGUUUACUUCCAAAUAACAGAAAUGUAGAGUAUAAACAUCCACAAUAAGACAAGGUCAUAUGUACUAAUAAAAUAAACAUAUACAACCUGCUUUUAGAUUUAAGUAUCUCUCUUUUUGCCCUGCAAUGUAAAAUUUGAACAUCAUCCGAUGAGCUAGUUAUUAUUACUAUCAUCGUUUCAGUGUGGCCUAAUGAUCUUUUGCGCAAUUGGAUAUCAUGAUUUAUGCAUAGAAA